ACAUAAAUGUAAAGAAGCCUUUAUGUUUAUUUGUGUGACCAAAAGUUGAAAUUCUAUAUAUAUUUUUCCACAUAUUUUAAUGCUGUUAUUUAUUGGAAUUGUGUAGAUAAGGAUGAAAAACGGUUUAUUUUUGUUGAAUGACUGGAGAUAUUUCUUUGGUGCAUUACCUAUGUCGAAAUCAUCAUCAUCAUUCAUCAAAACCUUUAUUCCAGACAAUGUUGAAGUUAGCUACAUGAAUCCACAUGAGAAGAGGAGCUCUUGUGGUCUAGUGGUGGCAUGCUCCUCAUCACUUGCACUAGAUUGUAGAGACAGACUUCAAAGUUUUGCUGAGGGAUUGUAACGGGUUCAUCCAUGGGGGACACAGCAGCAAUUAAGGAUGCCAAGAUAGACAGAAUCAGCAAUCUUCCGGGGGAUGUUUUACCCGCAAUCCUUGCAAAGUUACCAUUAAGGGAUGCUGUAAGGACUAGCAUCUUAUCAACAGAUUGGCGUUACAAAUGGUGCGUUUUGUCACAGUUAGUGAUUGAUAAUCAUCACAUUGAAUCUGCAAAUUCUCAACGCAGUAGUUUUACAACAUGGGAGAAGAUUCAAACUAUUGUCUAUAAUUACCUACGUUACCACAAUGAUGCAAUAGAAAAGUUCAAGCUUUCAACUAGUUGCCCUUGGCCCAAUUAUGGUGAUCUGUAUCAAUUGAUAUAUUUCCUAUCUAAGAAAGAAGUCAAGGAAGUUUCUCUGGAACAACAUAAUUGGCCCAUUCAUGAUGUACCUGAUCCCUUAUUCUCUUUUCAACAUUUAAGUACUUUGCAGCUCACCGGAUGUAGAGUCAAACUUCCAUUUGAAUUGGAAGGACUUAAGUUUCUUGUCAGCCUCCAUCUCAUAAAAGUCUACAUUGAUGAUGAGACAUUUGCUAGAUUAAUCUCUGGUUGCCCUGCCAUGGAGAGAUUGGUGUUGCUGAGAAUUGAGGUUAUUCAUCAUUUUAGAAUCGUUGGACCAAGUCUUAAAGGCUUGAAGAUAGUGUCCAACUUUGAAAGUAUCAGUUUUGAGAACUGUCCAAAUUUAAAAAGCAGUGAGAUAAGCCUAGUGACAAAGAACUUUGGAAGAUAUAGUUCCUCAGAAGAUGAUAGCCUCGACUCUGGAAGUGAAAGUGGCAAUUAUGAUUCUGAAAGUGACCAUGUUGAUUCUGAAAGUAAUGGUUCGCAUUCUGGAAGUGAAGUUUCUGAUUCUGGGUCCAACCUUUCUGAUUAUAACACUGACAGUUCUUCGUUUGGAGGAGACGAUCCUGAUGCUGGAAGCGACAAUUCUGAUUCUGAAGAUGACAGUCCUGAUUCUGAAGAUGACAGUUACAACUCUGGGACUGAUCAUUCUGAGGAUGAGAGCGACUAUUCUGCCAAUGACAGUAACGAUUCCGAACAAGAGAUAGCUUGUAACCUCUUAAGCACUCUUGGUUGUUUAUCUACUCUUGAGAGAAUUUCUUUGUGUACUCGAUUUUUUAAGUUUUUGACUAUAGAUGAUAUAAACAAGAGGUUUCCUAUUGCACACAAGCAGCUCGUAGCUGUUGAUCUACGAGACAUUGAUUUUAGACAUGUGCACGUGGUUGGAGUAUCUCUUCUAUUACUUAAUAAGUUCCCCAAUUUAGAGAAGUAUGAUUUUUCGGUUAAAUACUCAGGUAAUCCAGCAUUCGCUUUCAAGUUUGUUUAUGAGCAACGUCACUCAUACCUCCCCUUUGAGAAACUCCGAGCAGUAAAGAUGAGAUACAGAUGUAGCAUGGGAAUUGCAUUUUCAUAUCUGAAGCUUCUUGUUGAUCUUUCACCCAUGCUUGAAAUGGUAACCAUCAUAAAAGAUGGAAAUAAUUUAAUGCCUCAAGACUUGCUUGAAGAGAAACUUCAGCUAUUAAACAAGACUUCACCGCAAGUAAAAGUUAAAUACGAAGUCCCGAAUUCAGGCUUUGUCUAUGUCUUGUAAAAUUUAAGUUGGCACUAUUAUAGUUUUGAUGGGGCUAGCAUAGUUUGAGCCUGCAGCGUGAGCCUAGAUUCCAACUCCAAUUCUGUGCCUUGCGAUUUGUUGGAAGCAUAUAUGGAAGAGCAGACAUAGGUGAGCAGAAUGACAUGAGCUCCCAAAAGUAGUCAUGGUCUUCUUGGGAAUUUUGCUCUCUUGUUUAUUCUACAUUUCCUUCUGUCUUGAGAGGAAAAACUGUUUUAUGAAUUAUUUUUUUUUGAAGGAUUGGAGAACUGAACUUUGCACCGUGUGCAAGUGUAAGGAGUUCUGGUUGCUUUUGAUCAUAUAUGGAUUCUGGGUUAACAUUUACUUG